CACUCGACCCUGAGCGCCAACGGCUGGUGUGUGCGUCCGCCCGGAAUAGCCCGCAGCGUCGCACUCGCCGGCGCCCAAGCCAACGCCCACGCUCGCAUCCAUGUCACCAAAUUCAGAGGAGAUACGUCGUCAACUAGAGCAGGACGAAGACGGCUCAUGGAUCGACAACCGGUUGCUUGAGGAGAUCCUCGAGGAUGGAGCUGUAGUUCUUCGCAUUGACUUGAAACCUGCCACUAGCAAAGGGGACAAUUUUCUUAGUAUCCUUCACAAAACGUACGUUGAAUAUCGUUUGCCAAGAUCCAACGAAGUUCGAGUAAAAAAGCUCAUUGUCAAGGGCCUUCCAUCUACAGAAUUCCUCAGGAAGUACGUCGCCGACGUGCACGCUUUCGACCGUGAAAUCGAAGUAUAUGGCGAAGUACUUCCACGACUAUACGCCUUCGCUGACGCUCGUCUUGGCGACAAUUCUUUCGAGAGGUUUUCCGCUGGAUAUCAUAAGGUCGUGCGGCCGAACACAUUGAUCUUAGAUGACCUGAACGAAGAAGGAUUCGUAGUCCCACCUCGAAGAGAUCGCCUUGAUUUUGCUCAGUCGAGAUUGGUAAUUGAAAAUUUAGCACGUUUCCAUGCACUGUCGGCUGUUUACGCGGAACAUCGCCCUAAUUACAUUUCACACUUCGAUGACAAAUUAUACUGCAGUGAUACUCGAGACACAAUCAACAACAUUUAUACGCCACAGAUUAUAUCAAUCGUGCAAGAGAUUAGAACUUGGGGAUGUUUUGAACAUAUUGCGAAGAAGUUGGAAGCUCUCAAAGAUACUUUGGUGGACAAACUAAUAGAACUUCGCAACCCAGUGAAGCCAGAAAGGAACGUACUUAUUCAUGGUGAUUGUUGGAUCAACAAUAUUCUAUUCAAGUAUUCAGAAUCAAACCAGCCAAUUGAAGUUCGAUUUGUCGACUUCCAAAUGACUCACGCAUCAUCUCCAGCAAUCGAUCUCAAUUUCUUCCUAUUCUCAAGCCCCAGAAAGGAAGUGAGAGAGAAACGCUUCGAAGAUUUGCUCCACAUCUAUUGCCACGAAUUUAAGCAGUGGACUUCGAAACUAGAUUACAAAGGAACACCAUUCACAUUGGAAGAAAUCCGUGAAGAAAUAAAUCGUACUUUGCUGUUUGGUUUUGCAUCAGUUAUCACUACCAUGGCAGUUGUGCUUGCUGACCCGGAAGACUCACCGGAUCUAUCGAAAGUCACCGAGGAGCAAGCAGCUUCUGGGGAAGGAAUGAACAUGUUUGAAAAGGUGUAUAAGAGCUCAGCCUUUCGAGAUGCCUUCGAAUAUCUUUUGCCAUACUUUGACAGCCGGGGCGUGUUCGAGUAAAUUAAUCGAUUUAAAAAAAUUCUAUCCGUUUUCUCAAGAUUUUGAAUGAACAAUUCUAGAAGUAAUUUUGUAUGAUAUUUACGGGUCGCCAAAAUGCCGAGUAAUAACUUUUUUUUAAAUACUCCCGGUAUAAACUUGCAUGGCUGCGUGAGUUAAGUAUGAAAGAGGGUGUUUCUAACACUUUUUCGUUUUUAAUAUUUUAAAUCACGAUGUCUUUUGGAAAAAUAUCAUCCAAUAUUGUGAACAAGUUUAUAUGUUGUGUGAAAAAUGUGCAUGGUGAAGGAAUGUGUAGUCUUCGGGUGUAGAAGUCAUUAAAUAAUGGAAAAUUGUUUCAACACUACUUUUGUUUUUGUGCCUACUCCCUACUACCCAACUUCCCGUCCUAUAAAUUACAGUAUAUAGCAUACAUUUCUGUUUAUUACUAAUAAGCUGCCGG